UCGGCGUAUUCCGCCCACCGGAGUCAGUGGAGCGGCAGCAGCCAUGGCGGUGGUGCUAUUCCUGGUGGCCCUGCUGGCAUCUCUCGGGGUGUCCGUUACUGCCAGUCCCCUUUUGGAGGCUCAGCUGCUGUCCCCCCGAGAUGUGGCUCGUUCUGCGGUCGAGGCCUAUAAUCAAGAAACUGGAACGCAGGCAGUGUUCAGGCUGUUUAAGCUCAAAAGCUUCCACAAAACACAAUUUGACUGGGGUACGCACUUCAGCAUCAACUUCACCAUCAAAGAGACGAACUGCUGGAAAAGUGUGGCUAGCCACCGCCUUGAGGACUGCAGAUAUCAGCCAAACGGGAUAACAAGGGAUUGUUCCGCCGACGUGUCAGUUCUUGAUUUCGUACAAGAGGCACCUUUGACAUCUGUGAAAUGCACCCAGCAGCAGCGGGCAAAAAAACCCAGCAAGAAACCAAAACCGAAGGCCCAGACCGUCCCCAAAGUGACUGUAGAGUACUUCCCGUCGUUCUUCUCUACCGCGGCCCUGACAAUACCAGAAGACUAAAGCACAGCCUGCCUGAUGUCGAAUUAGGGUGCUACCAUCCUCUUCAAACAGCCUGUUUGCUUUCCUGCCACGCCACCAUCUCAGCCAACAGAUAAUUUGAGAGCUUUUGGGUCCAUGUUAUUCUUGGCUAGUCUCUUUCACUGGUUUGCUUUGCUUUGCUUUGGGAUGACUGAGAGGCAGGCAUGAAAAAGCCCUUGCAAAAUGGGGGAAGCCUUUUUGGUUUGAUAUUCUCUAAGCUGCAACAAGGACUGAAGUGUGUGGCUGAGUUGCCCCUCGCUUGCAGACCUCACACACGUUAUAUCCAUCCCGGCCACGUUCCCUUCCAGAGACGGCCGUUCUCACAGGGCCUCCUCUGCUUGAGUUGCCAAAGAUUUAGGCAUUUUGGUGCCUUCAUGUUCAGGUGCCAAAUCUGAGAUCCUUUAACGGGGCCUGAUUUUCUGCAGGUGCUGAGCAGCUGCCUUCUGGAAGCCAGGCCUGUUUUAAUUGCUAGACACUUUUGAAAACUUUGGCCUUAAUUGAAUUCUGAGCCUGUGACUAAAGGGGUGACACAUGAGAUUGCUGGGAAGAGAUGGAGCUUCAUGUGAGGUGCGCCAGUCCUACCAAAGGCUCCACUCACAAGGUAGGGAUCCUGGUGAUGGUUACUCCCAUGGUUACUGGCCAACUCUCGCAGUCUUGUUGCAAGUGUCAUGACAGCUGGUGCUUUUCUUACAGACCCAGCUCCUGGAGUCAUGUGAUGAUGUGAGAAUCGGGGUUUUUUCAUUUUAAAUCUAUAAAAGCAGGUUUCUAGCCCUUGUGGGUGGGAGAAAAAAGCUUGAAAUCGUGGUGCCCUGAGGCUCAGAAAUCAAAAGGUUAAUAAAAGAACUGCAAGGACAGUAGCUUUAGAACCUUAUAAUUUGCUAAGUCCAUUUCAUGAUUGUCAGGACCCUUGACCUAUGGUUUUGGAACGCUUGGGGCUGGCAAUAAGGAGUCAAGGGUUUCCUCAGGUACCACUCCGAGAUGAUACGCAGAGGGGAAACGCAAGGCAGAAUCUUGCAGGGCCAGAGGCUCUGCAGGGAAGAGACGUGCUGCAUGGAGAUGUCCUGACGGGAAGGCUGAGGGGAAUAGGCAGAGCCAGAAAUACUUGUGUGAGGAGCUGAGCAGAACUUCAUUUCAAUAAGACUGAAACCACCUGCUGUGGUCCUCCUGCUGCCCCAGUAACUCCCCAUGGCAGGGCUGCCUUCUCUGACAGCCCUUUCCAGCUUUGCUUUGCCCCGCGUCUCCUUUGGAUUGGGCUUCUCUGGCUGUCCAACAGCUUAAUCUGUAAAGGGGACAAGGCUUCCAGUCAAGUUGAAGGGCUCAAUCUCCCUCCUCCUCUGCCCCACGCCCUUGCUGCUACUCCAGCAUAUGCUGCUGGCUACAUACGUUCCCAGGUCAGCUUCUCUGGCCUCGCACCUGCUCCAGUGGGGCUGCUGGUCCAUGCGGAGCUAUAGUAAAGAGUGCCACUUAGUGCUCUAGUUUGGAACUGCCCUCCCCUUGUAACACUUCCCUUUGUCAGCAAAACACUCAAUUUCAGACUAGUUUUAAGCCUGCUUCUGCGCAAUCUCACGAUCCUCUAUAGAAAUAAGCACCAAUUCAUAGACAAUCAAUUACAUUCCUUGAUCACAGCAUAUAAUCAGCCCUGAGUUUUCCCCCAGAGAAUGUAAUCGCUGCCAAUAUUGAAGAUCCAGGGCAAAAUUUUCAAAAGCGUCCAAGUCCCAUUUUCAAGAGAGUUAGGGCUGGUGUACACUGGGGGAGGGGGGGC